AUGGACCGCGUCCGAGCUGCGCUGGACGAGCUUGUGCUGCAGGCCAAGAAGAGCUUCCGCGGUCUCGCGCAGGACGACCGGUCGCCCGUCGAGAAGCUGCUCGACACGCACCUUGAGGACUCGGCGCUGGGCCCACCGACGGCCGCGCUCCACGACUUCGCCGCGCGCACCUUCAACGUCGUCGACUGCAAGCGCAUCUUGCAGCGCCUGUGGCUCACGAUUGAGACAGCGCCCGACCGCCCACACGUCCUGCGCAAGGUACUCGUCGUGCUGCACCACUGCGUCCUCCACGGCGCCGACCCGUUUCUCAACGAUGUCCUUGUCAAGAAGCCGCUCGUGCGCGACCUCGCGCUGCAUUACAACCGCGACGAAAGCCAGCAGUACAAGUACAGCAAGGACUUGGACGCUGGCGCCGGCGUGCGGAAGCUAGCAGCCGACCUCUUUGACGUCCUCCACUCGCCAUCGGCGCUCUACGAGGCCCGGUCGGCUGCACUCCAACUGCAAAAGAAGCUCUCAGCUUCUGGCAUUGGUCUCUUGUCGCCCAAGGCUUCAUCAUCCGAAGCGCCCCGCCCCAGCGCCUACUCAGACAGCCCACGGCCCGCGCCCUACACCGACGACGUAUCGCCGUCUUGGGAGCUUGGCGGCAAGGGCCACAUCCGCCAUGACGACACUGCCGACGCGCAUUAG